AUGCGGCGCACCCUAUCAAUCGUUCUGGGCUCAUUGGCCCUACUCGUUACAGUGGCCGUGAUAGCAGUCCUUAUUGUUCUCACUAUUCAUACACCCAAAGAAUCAAGUGGCCGAACACUCUCGAGAGUUUCUGUUGCCCUCGAGGUUGUGAUUCUUGUUAUUCUCUGUUGGUUCGCUUCCACAUAUGUUUCAACUUCCUUCCGACGAUGGUCAACACGAUGCCUGGGUGUUGACUUUGGCGCUUGUCUUUUGUCAAUACUAUUUGCUACUGUUGCGACAGUGGCUACUCUCAUUCAAUUCAGCAAAUCUAAAUUCGAAAAUGAGGAUCGGUUCACAGGCUCGAGUAAGAGCAGUCUUCUCGUGGGCCUGUCCGCUAGUCUUGGGGUGUGCUUCUUCCUUCAAGCCGGCUUCUUAGCUGUUCAUUUCUUCCUUACGCGGCAAAGCGACCAGAAGGCAUUUUCACUCCACACUCUAGAGGAGGACCGAGGCCUGCCAUCAUUCCGAUCCAAGACGUCUCUGAAGUCGAUCCCCUAUAGUCACACAGCUUCAGAUCAUGAGACAGCCCCCAGGAUGAUGAACUCGAUGGACUCUCAAACACCCACCCCAUCUAUACGCGGACGUUCCAGGUCCGGUACUUCAACUUCAAUCAAGGUUCAGCUUUCAAAUGCCAUUCGGUCUGCGACUGUCAGAAGUCACGUGUCGUCAAGUGAGUUUCGACGACCUAUAUCGACCGACUCGACAAUAUAUCAGUCGAGUGAAGAUGUUUUUGACACCUGGGACACAUCAUCUGUUGAUACAAACAACCGCCAAGUGGUUAUGGAAGCUGCAACUCCUCCUCAGCAAACCCAAGGCCAUUUUCUCGAGACAAUUCCUGGUAGCCCUUCACCAAGCAGGACGUCCACACCGAACAACGAUAUGCCUCUGGAGCCGCCGAGGAUCCGCAUACGAAGCCGAAGCUUCAGUCCGGUAACUAUAACACGUGAGCAAAUGAGCGCUCAAACGUCGAGGACCGAUCUCCCUGAGCCGUCCCUGAGUGAAUCUCAUAUCCACCCGCUCUUCCGAUCCGACUCGCCUACGCCGCCCCCAAUGGCUACGCCUGGCACGGUUGUCUUGGCCUCACCCAACGCUGGACAAGUCAUCGCACAUCGCCAGAGUGUACGGUCUCUGCGGUCUGCCUCUGUAACAGUGGGCCCAAGCCCCCUCAGCCAUCGGGAUGAGCAUGAGAGCAUUAGGGAGGAGCAAGAGUCCGAGACAGACUCCCUAACGACAAUUGACCGGCCACUCACCCCUCCCAUCCCCGAGUGGGUUAUGGGCGCUGGCGCUCGAUCAAGUUGGUCGGACUAUAAGAACCGCAAGUCAAAAAUUGACAAUGACAAUGAAGAUGAUGGAGAAAGUACGAAGCAGGAGAAGAACUAA